AAUAAAAAUAAAAAAUAAAACAUAUUACCCAAAAAAAAAGAGGGGGAAGAAAAAGAAUGGAAAACAGUGAAGUUUAUGCAGUAAUCUGCAUAAGUAUUCUCUUGAUUGCUCCGGUAAUUGUAUCCCAACAAAUACCGGCAGAUAAACGGCAAGUAAAUGCUUGGUUUGAAGGCAUUAUCAAGCCUGUGAAAGAAAGGGGUAACAGCUUAGACCCAGAGUUGAUUCAGGCUGAGAGUAAUCCUAAAGUCAUAAAGGUGAGGCAAGGUGGUGGUGGAGAAUUCAAUAGCGUAAAGAAAGCCAUCGAGAGUGUUGCAUUAGGGAAUACCAAGCGUGUGAUUAUAUCCAUCGGACCUGGGGUUUACAAAGAGAAAAUCAAAAUUGAACGAGGGAAGCCAUUCAUUACAUUGUUGGGAAAUCCAAAAAACAUGCCCAAUUUGACAUUCGGCGGCACCGCCAAGGAGUAUGGAACCGUUAACAGCGCCACUCUAAUUGCUGAGUCUAAUUACUUUGUGGCAGCUAAUCUCAAUAUAGUGAACUCAGCUCCGAAGCCAGAAAGAGGGAAAACGGUAGGAGGACAAGCGGUUGCCUUGAGAGUGUCCGGCGAUAGGUCAGCUAUCUAUAACUGCAAUAUCUACGGUUUCCAGGACACGUUGUGUGAUGACAAGGGUAACCAUUUCUUCAAGGACUGUUAUGUUUCGGGCACAGUUGAUUUCAUUUUCGGAGGUGGGAAAUCUUUGUAUCUGAACACGGACAUAUUCGUGGAGAAGCGAGAAGGUGGAGGAUUUACAGUGAUAACAGCACAAGCGAGAGAAAGUUCAUCGGAAGACACGGGUUAUUCGUUCGUGCAUGGCAGCGUUACCGGAACAGCAAGCAAUUCAUUUUUGGGGAGGGCUUGGAGGAGCAAUCCAAGAGUGGUUUAUGCAUAUACUGAUAUGAGCAACGUCGUAAAUCCUGCUGGAUGGACUCAUAACAAUUUUCCUGAACGAGCCAAAACUGUUUAUUAUGGAGAAUACAAGUGCAAGGGGCGAGGUGCAAAUCCCAGUAAGCGAGAGCCAUUCGUGAAGCAGCUAUCAGGUGCGGAAGUCCUACCAUUCCUGGCUCUUAACUUCAUUGAAGCUACCAAAUGGCUGCUUCCUCCUCCUAAAUAUGAAUUUAAUUAGCCAUUCAGGCCCACCCUCGGGUGGAAAAUAACUAGGCAUCUAUUUUUUUAUUAUUAUCUUCCUAUGCCAUUGGCUUGUAACAUGUCACAUACCUCAAGUAAAUAAGAAAUUAGAUCACUUUUUUUAAAAUUUU